UCAGCCUGAGGAGCUACGAGAGGAGCAGGCAUGGGCAUCGGGGACUACAUCUGCGUCACGCUGCGUGGUGCUGCGCCAUGGGGGUUCACGGUGGCACAGGGAGAGGGGGACACCUACAGACCCUUGGUGGUCUCUCAGGUAGAAGAUGGCGGUUGUGCUUUCCUGGCUGGGGUUCAGGAGAGUGACCAUGUGGUGUCCAUCAAUGGAGAGCCGAGUGCAGACCUGACUAUGGAGCAGGCCUGUUCCAUCAUCGAGAGCUCAACAGACUGUCUGCAGCUUCUGCUCAAAAGAUGCAGCAGCGUCCCAUCAGAAGACAGUGAUGCAGACGAAACAUCUUGUGGUGAUGGUUUGGAGAGCACCACGCUGCACAUUCUCUCUCCCAAACACCGAUCUCCAAGCCCCAGGGAACUUUACAUCUCCGAGUCCCAGGAUGAGGCGUCCUAUGGGGGCACGGACAGUGAUGGCGAAAUCCAUAAGGCGCCACAACUCCUCAGUACAGAGCUACAUUUGCCCCAUCAAAAAUACCUUGAAUCCACAACUGAUGAUGUUUUGAUGUCUUUACCUCCUGGGAACGUGGUGGAGCUCCAAGUUUCAUUAGCAAAGUCUACACUAGAUGACUCUGGGAGUGUAUCUAUUGGGAAAAUAAUUGAUACAGAGAAUGCGCUUGCAAACCAGGAAACCACUAUAGAUGUUAAUGACAAUCCAGUUGUGAGCACCCGAGAACCACUUAGCCAUCAUGGGGUGGUACUGAGCUCUCCUGCUACCCCAAGCCAGGUGGAGGUUAUCCUGGGAGGAGUAGGGAGGGGCGAUCAGGGUGCGGGAAGUGGGGAGGGAGGCCCCGAGAUCAGCUGCGAAGGAGAAGAAGAAAGUCAGGAAGUGCCCAAGUCAUUUACUGUGACAUUUGCUACAGAGGAAACAACAGCAACUGAGGAUCAAGACUCCGUUGAAUCCGAGGAAGAUCCAGACCAGCCACACAAGCACAGAGCAAGACAUGCCAGGCUCAGGCGCAGUGAGAGCCUGUCCGAGAAGCAGGUAAAGGAGGCCAAGUCCAAAUGUAAGCGCAUUGCCCUGCUUCUGAAGGCUGCCCCACCCAAUCCCAACAACAAGGGGGUGUUAAUGUUCAAGAAACACCGUCAGAGAGCCAAGAAAUAUACACUUGUGAGCUACGGGACAGGAGAGGAAGACCCCGAGUAUAGAAGUGAAGAGGAAGAAGACAACGAAGAUUCACAUGCUGUUGAACUGACUAUUGUACCAUCCAAGGAUAUAGAGUUAACCAAUGCUAACAGUGGUACAGGUGUGCUAAGUAUAACCUUUGAUAAGAGCCUUCUAGAGAUUGAACGGAACUUGAACAGUCCAGUCAAAAUGGAGUGUGAAACAAAAGGGAAAGGUGCUUUAAUGUUUGCGCAGAGACGUCUAAGGAUGGAUGAGAUUUCUGCCGAACACGAAGAGCUCCGUCGUCAGGGGAUACCCGUGGAUGGAAUACAGGAAGUACAGAAGAAGAUGGAGGAGCAUGCUUACAUGCAGUCCACAAUGGAGGGUCAUGGAUAUAUGGAUGUCAAUAUACAUCAACAAAGCCAGCAGCAGUAUCAGCAGUAUCAAGGGCAACAGUACUACGAGCAGCAGCAGCAGCACUACCAGCAACAGAACUAUCAUCAACAACAACAACUACAACAACAACAACAGCAGCAGCAGCAGCAACUCUAUCAACAACAACAACAAAACUAUCAACAACAAAACUACCAGCAGCAGACCUAUCAGCAGCAGCAGUACCAGCAGCAGUAUGAGCAGCAGCAGAUGUACCAGCAGCAGCAGCAGCAGCAGGAGUACCACCAGGAGCAGCAGCAAUAUCAACAGUACUCAGCAAAUAUGAACGGAACAAUACAACAGCCGACCAAUGAGAUGCAGAGCUCCCCAAGCAACCGCACCGCCAAACCUUUUACAGCACAAGACAUGACACCUGUGGCCUAUUCUACUGCAAACGGGGACAACCAGGAGAACCAAGGGGAGCAGAUAGCUUCACGUGAUGAGCGGUUAUCUACACCUGCCUUCAAAACUGGCAUACUACUGGACACAAGAAGAAGAACUGGUGGCAAACCCAUGUUCACCUUUAAGGAAGCUCCAAAGGUUUCACCCAACCCAGAGCUCCUAAACCUCUUAAACAGAGGGGACAGGAAAAUGGGCUAUGAGUCAGGAACUGAGGAGGACUAUCUCAGCCUUGGGGCUGAAGCUUGUAAUUUUCUUCAGUCUCCAAGAUUUAAACAAAAGAUUCCUCCUCCAGUGGCUCCAAAGCCGAUGAUCAACCCUAACGCUCCACCCUGGGCUGUGCAGAUGGAAGGGACCAACCAGGACAUGCCUCAGUGCUCUGAAAAUAGCAUGAUAACACCUGCUGCAGCCCCCCCUGCUGACACUACUCCUGCUACAGAAGUGGAGCCAGCACCUGCCCCUGAGCCCCCUGCCCCCUCGACUCCACAAGAAGCCCCUCCCCCUGCUGCUGCAGAGGAGCAGCACACAUGGAGUGUGCCCACAGCCGAGCCACAGCCACAGACUCCGCAGGCUCUCCAGGCUCCACAGGCUCUACAUGCUCCACAGGCUCCACAAGUCACUACAGCUCCUGAGGACAGACUCCAGAUGGCUCCAGCCCAGCAACCUGAGCCCACUCCUGCCGCCUCAUGGCCCCCAGCUCAGCCUCAGCCCUCAAACUCCUGGCACCAGGCUCCCCCUCAGGAGCCUCCCCACAGUCAGUCUCCGCCACAACCCCCAUGGGUGACUCGCCACUCUGCUUCAGUCCAACCGCCUCAGCCGCAGGCUAACAACUGGAGCCCUCAGAUGCAGCAGACCUGGAACCAGGCACCAGAGCAGCCAUCCUCCCAGCCUCCAGUACAGCCAGCCUGGGCACAGGAGCAGCCUCCCCUGCAGCAGAUGCACCCAGCCUGGGCCCAGCCUCAGGAGCAGCAGCCUCAGCCUCCAUGGGUGCAGCCCCAACAGAAACCCCAGGUCCAGCCACCGUGGGUGCAGCAAGUCCCAGAGUCUCAGCCCCAGCCCCCAUGGGUGCAGCAGCCGCAGGCCCCUCCCCAGGGGUGGCCACAGUCACCAGGUCAGCCUCAACCUCCUUGGGGCGCCGCUCAGCAACAGCCACCUUGGAACCCCCAGCAGCCUCAGAGCCAGCCCCCCUGGAUGCAGACUGCACAACCCCCUCCCCCUCAGCCUCAGGCUGCAUUAAACCCCUGGGCUCCUGUGCCUCCUCAGCCUCAGCAGCCCUGGGCUCAGCAGCCGCCGGAGCAGAGCCAGCAGCCCUUGAACUCCUGGGCUCCAGAGCAAAACCAGCAACAACACCCAUGGGCACAGCAAGCUCCUCCACCUCAGCCCCCUCAGCAACCAGUGAGCACCUGGCAGCAGCCUCCUGCGAAGACCUCUCCACAGCCAACUGCCCAAACACAGCCCCCUCCCUCCUGGGCUCAGCCAUCACAACCCACUCCUGAGAGAUCAUCGCUGGUCAACACUCGACCCUCUCCAAAGCCAUGGCAGGCGCCACCGAGCAAAGCCUCUCCCCCUCCUCCACCGCCACAGAGAAUCUCCUCCUUCACCUUUGGUCAGAGAACAUCAUCCCCUGUAAACCCUAUGGCCACAGUGCUCCCAUCAUCUUCAGGUCCUGCCUACGAGAUGCCCACUGUCAAAGGCAAAGGAGCGGACAUGUUUGCUAAGAGACAGUCUCGUAUGGAGAAGUAUAUCGUGGACUCUGAGACUGUGGAGGCAAACAAGGCCAGCCGCUCCACAUCACCUGCUACAUCUUUACCCACAGAAUGGAAAUACACUCCUAAUGUACGUGCUCCACCCCCACGAGCCUAUAACCCUAUCCAGUCUCCUCUGUAUCCUCCUGCUGCUUCCAAACAGCCGCCUCCUUCUAGUAGCCCGAGUAAAUCUAAGAAAAAGGACAAAGAUAAACCAGCCCCUCCUCCCCCUAAACCCCUUAAUGUCGUAGAUGUAAUGAAACACCAGCCGUAUCAGCUCAGCUCCUCCCUGUUUAUCUUUGGGCCAGCAGAAGAGGCUAAGCCCCCUGCUCCAAAGCCUGAGUGCCCUCCUCCUAACCCUAACCCACCUGUAGAAAACCAGCCACAGCUCUCUUAUGAGCAAAUGGCAAUGCAACAGGCAGGCCAGAUGAACCCCCAGUAUGCCCCACAGGGUUAUGGGAUGCCAAUGCAUCCGAUGGGUCAGCCAAUGAUGCACGAGGGCCCCUAUCAGCAGCUGCCUCCCAAUAUGUACCACUAUGCUUACCAGCAGCCCCCAGGGCCAUACCAGCAGAUGUACAACCAGCCUUAUCAGCAGGCACCGCCACUGGCUUAUCCAGCCCCAGGCCCUCAGUCCCCUAAUGCCCCCUACCUUCAGGCCCCCUAUCCUCCCGCGCAAAGCCCCCCGUACAUGGCACCCCCCUCUGUGCAGUACCAGGCUCCCAGUGCAGCUCCCAGUACAGCUCCCAGCUAUCCCAUAGCAACCAGACCAGAGUCUGCAUCAGCUGCUAACCCCACCACUGCCCCUAAACCCAAGUUUACGGCUAAAAAGAGCUCAGCUCAGGUGUGGAAGCCAUCAGGAGGGGAUAAAGAGUGAAACUGGCACAAAUAAUAACAUUCUCAUUGAAGCCAGUGCAUAGAACUAUAGUAUAUAUUUUUUAGCACACUGAAAAUGUCAUAACUGAGAGAUCACUGUUCAUAUGCUUUGUAUAUUUUUAAAAUAUGAAUAUAGUCGCACAAUUAAUGUACCCACUUAUAGACAGUAAAAAGAAGAAUGUGUGUGAACUAAUGUAGGGACUAACUGACCCUGGUAUUAAGAUGGUGACAAAAGGAAGUUUGACAGUGCCUUAUGUGCGACUGAAAUACACGUUAUUUAAAUAGUAACUAAUUAAAAGAAAUAUAUCCAGGAGAUAUGACAGUCAUGUUUUUAUAGUUCUUGUAACUUAAUUUAAUUAUGGGAAGACAAACCCCCUUCGAUUAGAUUUGAAAAAUUUUCAACGAAAUGUUUUUUUUUCUUUUUUUUUUUACAAGUCUCAUCUCUGACUUUUUCACUCACGUAUGUGGGUUAACUUUAUUUUUGACAUAGACAGCUGUUGCAUCAUGUUGUAUACUAUUUAUAAAGUGCCUCUUGAGAGGGAGCCCUGCGGUUUCAACUUUCAAUUUCAACUCAGGCCACUGAAUGAAACCACCUCUCUCUCUUCUAUCUGCUGUCUUUGGUUAUUACCCCUGUCUUUCACUGCAUUGAGCUUUUUAAGAACUUAUCAACAUGCCCUUUUCCUACAUUUCUGUUUUAUUUAUGUUUCCUUCUGUGUGUUUCUCUUUGUUGCACUUUCUGUAUGAUUCACAUCCUUGCCAUUAAAUGUAAAUGUA